AUUGUUGUCUGCUUUUAGUUGUGUUUGAGGAUUUGAGUUGUUGAGGUUUGGAGCGCGCACGAGUUACAAUUUUGUAUUUUGUCCAUUAAAAAAUAGCCGCGUCCGCAACGGUUUGUUUUGAAAAGAAAACCCUAAAUCGCAAAAUAAGAAAAGAAACGAAAAGGUUUAACGAAAGAAAGGAAAACAAAACACGCCAGCCAGCCAGCCAUUACGGUUUACAAGUGUCAAAUGCGCGGCGUGAUUUGUUGUUAUUUGAGUGAGACGAAAUAAAAAACAGGCAAAAAUAAAAAAAAUAUUGAAAAGAAUAAAAUUACAGUUGUCGGAAAAGAGAAUUUGGCAAAGAAAUUAAACAAAAAGGAAAUUGUUUAUAAAAAAAAGAAAUUAAAAAAGUAAAUAAAGAAAGGUGUGCACAAAGCAGAGAUAAUAAAAAUGAUGUGCUAAACAUGAGUGAUGUUAAUAACAACAACAACAACAUCUGCAAAAAAAUAAUGGAAAAUGUGCAAAAUUAGCAAAAAAUUCUUGAAAAUGUUUUGAAAAAUAAAAAGAAGCAGAAAAUUAAAAAAAAAAAUAAAAUAUUGAAAGAAAAUAACAAAAAAUCAAGUGAAAGAGGAAAAAAAAUUAUUAAAUGAGUGAUAUUCCCCCCUCUAACAACACGACGGCACUCAACAUGUCCCGUGAAGAGGAGGAAGAGGAAGUGCGCACUUUGUUGGAACGCCAUCAGGAGCGUAUACGCCUGGAUUUGGGCAACACAGAUUUGUUGGCGGUUUUGGUGAAAAAUUCCGUUCUCAGUCAAUCGGAGGAGGAUUUGUUGCUGAAACCCUAUAAUGCGGGUGGUGGUGGUGGGGGCCAGAACUCGGCACCCUCCAGUGUGGGCGUGACAAAACGUAAACUCAGUGCUGUGAUUAGCAACGCCAGCAGUGGUACCACAGGAAGUACUGGUGGCAGUAGUACUGCCAGUGGUGGAGGUACCACCACUGGAAUUGUUGGCAUUGGCGGUCAAUUGUCACGCAGCGCCAGCAUCAACAGUGACCAUCAACAGCAAACGUCUGCCAGUGUCACGGCCGGGGAUAAUCGUUCCAUCACGCCCUCCGUGCAGGGUGUAACUCUAAAUUCGGCCGAUUCCAUUAGUGAAUCGGCAUAUUCGACCAAGGAUGAAUUGAAAUCGGAUACCUAUAAUGAUGCUGAUAUUCUGCGCAUGCAGUGCUCGACACUGAUCGAGAUCAUUGCCAAGAAUGGUUUUGAAAAAUUCAAACAAUUCUGUUAUGCCAUCGAAAAUGAAUGCCCACAGCUGAUUGAGGAUUUAAUUAAUGAUCGCUUAAAGUGUGAUGGCACCUUCGAUGAGGAGAAAAUCAACGAAGACAAAUUGCAAAAGGAAAUCGAUACCAUUGAAUACAUUGACAAGGACAAAGAAAAUGAACGCAAUCGUCGUGCCGUCAGCUAUGGCGGUGUCACCAAUGCCACAUCGAUGACCACCCUGCCACGGGCUGCCCCCCGUCGCAUGAACCUCAUGAAGGAACCACCUCCACCGCCGCCACCCAAACCCAUACUAUUGCAACAACAAACAUCAGUGCAGUCUGCCUCGACCGUAACCACGACCUCAACCCUGUCCAUACCCAGUAAAUAUCCACAAUCUGAAUAUAAUUUGAUACAGAAAAUCGAUUCAACCUCAACAUUGACGGCUCCGGCUCAGUAUCAGGCCCAGAAUUACUAUGCCAAUACGGCAAGCAUUCAUGCUGGCGGCGGGGGCAGUAGCAAUUACUCCUCACUGCUGUGUCACUCAAGUUCGACCACAAGCCCUCUGGCUGUGCGUAAGCGUGAGAAAUUAUUGCAUCGUUUCAGUGAUGCUGCCACGCUGGGACGCAAACUGAAGAAGAAGAAAAACAUUAACCGCACUUGUCGUUCGAUGACGGAGGCCAUUGAAAUGCUGGCCGAUCCGGUGAUUGAAGAUGAAUUUUUUGGUGAUCGUACAACAUGGGAGUACCACACAGUGUCGGUAACUCGUGUGCCGGGCUAUGGUUUUGGUAUUGCCGUUUCCGGUGGUCGUGAUAAUCCACAUUUUGCCAAUGGUGAUCCUUCAAUUGCCGUUUCAGAUGUCUUAAAAGGCGGACCGGCCGAGGAUCGUUUACAAGUCAAUGAUCGCAUUAUUUCCGUCAAUGGUGUGUCACUUGAAAACGUCGAAUACGCCACAGCUGUACAAGUUUUACGUGACAGUGGUAAUACCGUAACAUUGGUGGUGAAACGACGAGUUCCACUCAAUACAGUCAUAGCAAAUCAACAACAACAACAGCAACAACAACAAAUGCAGCACCAGCAACAACAACACAAUAUGAAUGGCUUAAAUUCUAUGCCACAGACGAAUGGCAUCAAUUCGAUGGUGGUGCCACCCAAUCCCACAGCCAUGAGUCAGCCAAAUUCCCUGAAUUCAUCAUUGGUCCAGGCCACUGGUCCAGGAAUGGGUCAACCCAUCAAAGUGACUCUAACGAAAAAUUCGAAAAAAGAAGAUUUUGGCAUUGUACUCGGAUGUCGGCUCUUUGUCAAGGAAAUCUCAUCAAAAGCUCGUGAUCAAUUGGCUGCCAAUGGCUAUUCCCUGCAGGAGGGUGAUAUUAUUACACGCAUACACAACACGAACUGUGCCGACACGAUGAGUCUGAAGGAGGCCAAAAAGAUCAUUGAUGGCUGUAAGGAACGUUUAAAUUUGGUGGCCUUGCGUGAUAUAACCAAUCAGCCGCCGAUCACGGUGGUCAAUCAGCUGAAUAAUUCCAGUGCAACCCAGGCGAACAUUUAUGGUACCCAUCAACCUCAGCUAUCAAAUUGUAGCAAUAAUUUAGAUGAUCCCUAUUUGAAUGGUGGUGCCACAUAUUCCUCACAGAAUCUAUAUGUCCAACCGCCUACCAGGACGCCCAAUAAUGGACCCAUGAAUGGGCUGAUGGAUGAGAAAAGUAAUUUGACGCCACGUGGAAGAUCAAGGGGACCCAUUAUGGAGGGUGUGUCACUGCAACAACUGGAUAGGCCUGUGACACCAACAAAUGGCCAGGGAGGACGUUCGCGCAUUGAUGAACCACCCAGGCCACCACCACCAAGAGCUGGUGGAGGUGGACCAGCCGUUAAUGGCGGUGAGGAUUUCUACAGCUCCAGACGCCAACUCUAUGAAGAUGAUCCCCUGACAAGAUCACGCCAGUCCUCUGAGCCUCGUUUUAUAUCAUUCCAAAAAGAGGGUAGUGUUGGAAUACGCCUUACCGGUGGCAAUGAGGCUGGCAUUUUUGUCACUGCCGUCCAGCCGGGCUCACCAGCCUCUCUACAGGGUCUAACGCCGGGUGAUAAAAUCCUCAAAGUCAACGAUAUGGAUAUGUUGGGUGUAACCCGCGAAGAGGCUGUACUCUUCCUACUCUCCCUGCAAGAUCGUAUCGAUCUCAUUGUCCAGUACUGCAAGGAGGAAUACGACGAAGUGGUAAACAAUCAACGUGGCGAUUCGUUCCACAUUAAAACACAUUUCCAUUGCGAUAAUCCUUCUAAAGGUGAGAUGGCUUUUAAAGCUGGUGAUGUCUUCCGUGUCAUUGAUACGCUGCAUAAUGGUGUGGUGGGUUCGUGGCAAGUGUUGAAAAUUGGUCGUGGCCAUCAGGAAAUGCAGCGGGGUGUUAUACCGAACAAAUCGCGGGCCGAGGAGCUGGCAACGGCACAAUUUAAUGCUACCAAAAAGGAGAUGAAUGCCAGCGAGUCAAGGGGCAAUUUCUUCCGGCGAAGGAGAUCCACCCAUCGCCGUUCCAAGAGCUUGUCUCGAGAAAACUGGGACGAUGUUGUGUUCUCCGAUAGCAUUUCGAAAUUCCCAGCCUAUGAGAGGGUGGUGCUACGCCAUCCCGGCUUUGUGAGACCCGUUGUUAUAUUUGGUCCCAUUGCCGAUUUGGCUCGUGAAAAGUUAGCCAAGGAUUAUCCCGACAAAUUCUGUACACCGCUGCAGGAUGAUGACAAAACGACCAAUUCCAAAUGUCGCAUUGUACGUCUCUCAAAUAUUCGUGACGUCAUGGAUCGGGGCAAACAUGCCCUACUCGACAUAACCCCCAAUGCUGUGGAUCGCCUGAAUUAUGCUCAAUUCUAUCCGAUUGUCAUAUUCCAAAAGACCGAUAGUAAACAUGUUAUCAAACAACUACGUCAAGGCAUGCCCAAGUCGGCACACAAAAGUUCCAAGAAGCUGUUGGAACAGUGCCAGAAACUGGAACGUGUAUGGUCUCAUAUCUUUAGUACACACAUUGUGUUGAACGAUGAGGAGAGUUGGUAUCGUAAAUUACGUGAUGCCAUCGAUCUGCAACAGAGCGGUGCCGUUUGGAUGUCAGAAACUAAGCCUGUUGAGUCCUUAUCCGAUGACUUCCUAUUCCCAAUGACCUCAAAUCGUUUGUCGUAUGCAUCAAGUCCUGAAUCUGAUUUGGAAUUAAGUCCCGGCCCGUCGACAUCAUUAUCUUUGGGCAAUUUGCCACAGUUGGUAAAAUCCAAUUCGGAUCCAUCGAUUGCCACAAAUCAGGAUAACUUGGAUAGGGAUAGAGACAUAAUUGGUGAAGGAUUACCACCUCCAUAUACGAUUCCCUUUGAUCAUUCCAAUACUACUACCACUACUCAGCCUCCACCGAGUCGUCGACAAACUAUGGACACUAGUAAAUAUGGUGGCUAUUCAUCUAAUUCUAAUCUUCUUAAUUCUUCUGAUCCCUCAACACCAUCGACGCGACCACAGUCGUUGUAUGGCAUCAAUGCACCCGAUCUACCGCCACGCAUCGAUCGCCAGUCGAAACCGGGACCCAAUGAUAUUGUGGUGACACCCUCCAGCACGAAUACACCAUCACGUUCGAACAGUUCGGGUGGUACGUUGGGACGUUCGGCCCAAGAGCGUCUCUUUGGCAAGGCCAUUGUGAGUGAUGAUGUGCAGGCGGAAUAUAUUUCAAGAAAUGCAGCCAACGCUCUUCAAGCCAACCAACCACCACCCACCGGUGCGGAUCCAACUACCAUGGAUAGACAUCAUGCCUCUUUGGAGCGGCAGGCUCGUCUCAAUGCUGCCGCCCAAUCGAAAAUACCCGGUGCUCCAACUUCGGCAACUGCCUCGGCCAUAAGUACACCCCAGCAGCAAAAUGGUUCCAGCUAUGACAGUGUCUCUAGCUAUGAUUCAUACAAUGCCUCACAGCUGACCAUGCAAAAUUUGGGACGUCUGGGUCCCAAUGCCCCCGAUGAUCUCAAAUCAGUGCCAAAUGUUAAUGCUGGACGUCCUUUGCCGCCAGUAGGCAUGGCUGGCCAAACAGCCGACUAUGCCCGUACAACCCACGAUCAUCGUCAAUAUGGCGGCGGUCCCAAUGAUUUGAAUCGUCAAAGUAGUCCCGGCAGACCACCGUAUCAUGAUAUGAAUGCUGCAAGAAAUAUAGAUCCUCGUAAUGGCACACCCCAACGUCCUUCGAAUUUGGGUCUUGAGGGCAGUCCACGUAAAGUUGAAACCAAAACUGAUUAUGGAAAAUAUAGUCGUAAUAAUUCUGCCUCACAAGCCGAUUACAAUAAGAUACCCAAGAAUCCGGGUAUGCCUCAUAUGGUUAUACCACCACCCAAUGUCAAUGGCAAUAUGAAUGGCAGCAGUGCUGGACCCCAGGCAGCGGCAAGUGGACCAUUCAAACCGGUACCACCACCAAAACCCAAAAACUAUCGUCCUCCAUUGCAAAACGCUGGCAAUGGUAAUGGUCCCAAUCAAUGGGAGAAUCAGGAACCCGGUUCACCACGCUCUCCCAAUGGCUUCUAUUACCCGCCGGCUCCGCAACAUCAUCAUUAUGGCCAGCAAACACCUGGAUCUCCACAUGCCAAUGCAAAUAUGCAGCCAACCUAUGGCACAAAUAAUAAUUAUGGACCACCACCAAAUGCCACGGGUUAUCCACCGGCCAAUGGUUACAAUGGCAAUGCCACAACACAUCAUUACAAUGGUGGUAGUGGCACGGGACCAUAUAUUGCACCCCAUCGUGGUAUGCCACCUCCCAUAGAUUUAGCUGGUAGUCGUGAACAAAGAGGUUCAGCCUUUGAGUUAUAUCGUAAACCUCAAAUUGGCACAGCUGGACACCAUCACAACAUGAGCGAAAUGGAGUCAUAUGAACAACAACAGCAACACCACCACCAACAACAACAAGAACAACAAGAAAUCUAUGAUGACUUUUAUACCAUGCAACCACCACCAGCACCACAUCCUCAACAUCCACCGCCAAGAUCUCGGUCAGUACCCAGAUAUCCCCAUGAACGUCCACCACACGCACAAGAUCCAAAUUAUUAUGAUUAUGGAGGGCAGCCGCCUCCAUUGCCUCCGGCCCAUCCACAUCAACAGUAUUAUAAUGACAUGAAUGAUAUGCCACCACCCUUGCCACACAAGACGAAAAAGAAAUCGGUAUUGAAAAGACCUUUGACGGCCAUUAAAAAUGCUUUUAUGAAAAGUACACGUCCUCUGCGAAGGAUAAAUAGCAUGUCCGAUCCCGAUAGGAAACCAAGUAAGUCGGCAUUGCGUAGACAAAAUUCAAUGCUAGAGCGAGGCAUGCAAAGGCCCUACUAUCCCGAUGAAUAUCCCACAUAUCCGGCUGGAUUUGAUGAACGAUACUAUGGUGGAGGACGGGGACGUAGUGUGCCACCAAAUGCCAUGAGAGGGCGAGAACAGUAUUAUGAUCAGGUGCCACAGAACUAUGGUACGGUACCCUAUCCUCCGCAUCACUAUCAGCAACAGCAGGAGAUAAUGAAUAGUACCUAUCAGAAUUUGGGGGAAGAAGAUAUUUAUGGCCACAUGGGCACAGUGCCGGGAAGAGAGCACAUGUCACGAGAACGCUCAUAUGAUCCCUAUGGGGCUAACUACCCCGAACAGGAUGACAUCUAUGCCAAUCGUGCCUGCAUUGAUUUAGAGCGCAGACAAAUGGAGGCGGCACAAAAUCGUAAUGGCAAGAGGAUUAUGAGACGUCAUAGCACCACAACAGCGGAUCGUGCCAAUGGAAGACGAAUACUGAUGCCAGCCAAUCCGCAAGGAAAUUAUGAACAAGAUGAUAUCUAUCAAAGUAAACAGGGGGCCUAUAUGCUGGACAAUCAGCGAAGAGCUCCCAAUUCAGAAGUUAUGGCAAGGAGACGAUUCUAUCCGGGUGCGGCCAAUGAACAGGCUGAAAUCCAUGAGCCAGUCUAUCAAUCUCGGCGGGAGAUGCAGCGGGAAAUGCAGCGCAGCCACCUCUAUCAGACUAAAAAAGAAAUGCAGGAUCGUAUUACCCAGGGUAAAAGGGAAAUGGAACGAGAAUUUAGUCCCCAAAGUGGUGGUAGUCAAUCGGAAAAAUCCGAUGAUAAAUCCGAAAAGGAGCCCAUCUAUCAAUCGCGAAGAGAGGUCAAAGAAAGUGCCCUCAAGACACGAGCCCAAUUGAGGGAACAAAUCUAUCAGACAAGGCGGGAGACCUUAGAUAGUAUGGCCGAACCGUCAUAUGUCUCCAAGAGAGAUAUGGGUAGGCCAGAACCCAUUUAUGAGACAAAAGAAGAAAGCAUUUUGCAAUCAAGAGAAAAUGAAACGGAUGAAAAGAAGGAGGGUAAAACCGAAAUAAAUACUCAGGCAGAGAUAAAUCAUGAAACGGGACGUCUUAGUCCCACAGAGUUACAAAAAUCCUGUGAUACCGUAAUUGAGGCGGCGGCUGCAGCCCCCUUGGCCAAAAACGAGGAAGAUGAUUUCGAGGAAGCAGAAGCUACAGCCAGGGAUUUCGAUAGAUCUGAAAUGCCCACAGUCAUUGAAAAUAAACACAAUCAGGGUAUGUUGGAGCAGACUACCAUUGAGGUUAAUAAUGAGACCCAGGAUAUCUCUGAUGAUGUGUUUGAAACGCCACAAGCGGUGUCCUCACCCUUGGUGGUGGAAGGACCACCCAUUGAACCGUUGGAACCACCAAAACCCACAUUGCCACUAACACCCCGUUCCAGUCGGGCACCUUUUCACAUUUCAAAUAUUCUAAAAAGAACCGGUCCACCACCCCUUAAGAAAAUCAGUGAUAGUCGUACAUCCAUUGAAACGCAUUACACAUCGCAGGCUAGUCUGCCCGUGGGCCCACCAAAUGCCACAAGUACUCCGUACACAAGUAAUAUGUCAUUGCCCAUAGCGGGACCGGUACCAACUUCAGCCCCAGCGGCUGCUUCUAUACCUGGCAAAGGAUCAUUCCCCACUCAACCGCGAGAGCCAACCACAUGUCGUGGUAUAUUCGAUUCAAAUGGUGGCACUCUGGCCGAUAAUGUAUGGAAUGUUUCACUGGAAAUACCACCCGGUGCCAUUGCACCCGGUGUGCGUCAGGAAAUCUAUUUUACUGUCAGUGAUCCUCGUAUGGGUCAGGCUGUUGGUGGUCCACCAUUGGAUAUGGAAAAUGGUGAAACAAUGCUCUCUCCCCUUGUAAUGUGUGGCCCGCAAGGUCUUGAAUUUUUAGUACCAGUUACCCUCAAUAUACCACACUGUGCCGGACGAACAACAUCCUUGGGUUUGGCACUGAAAGCCACAGAUAGUGAAAAGAACAUACACACCGAAUGGGAUAAUAUUGAUUUGCCCAGUAAUGCGGCAGCCCACACAGUCUCCGUUAAAGUAGAUCAUUUCUAAAAUAAAUAAAAAUUAGUUAUACUUUAGCUAUUAUAUAUAAGUUAUUAUUAAAAACAAAAAGAGAUAAUCAAUGUAUUAUUUGCAUGUAAAUAUUCAUUACAAAAAAUUGUUUUAUAGUUUUAUAAAGAAAAGAAAAACGAACAACAUUCAACAGAAAACUAGACGCAAUAACGCUAUGAUAAAGUCAUGGGUAUAGUUUGUGCCUUGAGCAAAUAAAAAAGAAGGAGAGGAAAAUAAAUGGGAAGUCAGUGAUGAAACCCCACCCCCUCCCAUUAUAAUUUAAAAUUAAAACGAACGACUUUCAAAAAAAGGUGCAUGAUUUUUGAAAGGAAACGACGAUGCAGUAAAUAAUUUUUAAAUUUAAGAAUAAUAUUACAAUAAAAAAACAAAAUCCUAUUGACACAGCAUGUAUUUUGUAAAUAUUUAUAGCUAUUAUUUUUUUAUUCUAUUGAACUUAUUAUUAUAAUAUUUUGUUUUUAUAUAUUAUAAACAUUAGUUAUGACCUAUCAUUUCUUUUCUCUCUCACAAAACAGAAAACAAAACGUAUGAACAUAAAAAACGAUAUUUAAUUUUAGUUACCUUUCAUUUAAUUGUUUAUUAAUUUUAAGCAUUUUAAAUGUUUAUUUCUGUUUCAAGCAACAAAUUCUUAUUUUUUUCUGUAUGCUUUAAAUAUGUUUAAAAAAAACUUCUAAAUAUUUAAUUUUUUCUAUUAAUAUGGUUCGAAGAAUUGAAAAAAAAAAACUUCAAAGCUAAUGCAAAUGAAUGUUAUAUUUUUAAAUGUUAAAACAAAAAAACAACAACCUCGUCGUUAAAUAACACUUGAAAAAACUAUUAUAAUUUGUUUGUAAUACAUUAUAAUAUUAAUAUAAUUAUUAUAUUAUAGCUAUACUCAUAACUACACUAUUCACAUUUAUUCUUAUAUAUAUGAAAACAAAAAACAUACAUAUUUACAAUACAUACGACAACAUACUCCAAUCCACACAGAGAAGAAUAAAUCAUUACAAAAUAAAUAAAACAAAACCACAAAAAUAAUAAAAAAGCUUCAAUAAAAAAUUAAAUAAAAUAAAAAA